UUUCAAUUACAGGUGACGCUUUUCGUGGCGUAAGUCUGUGAAUGUACAUGCAUAUACGAUUGUGUCAACUGUGUAUAACGAAUUUGUCUUGUGAGUUGUAACGAGUGACGAGUAAUAACAAUAAACUCUUCGUUGUCGAUAUGAGACUUUACGUUUCUCGUGUUCUUGCGCGUUCUCAAGUUUGGAGUGCAUAGGAAUGAUACGAAAGUGUUUCUUGCUUUUUUGACAUUCUAAUAAUUUUUCGUUUUAUAUAAUACAUAUCUUUCUAUUUACUAUUUAUAUAUUGAACUGUCGACAUGUCGGCGCUUCACGUGGAAACUAAGGGAAAAACUGAAGAAAAGCAACAUAAAAGCGACACAGAAAAGUUCUGUGCCACUACGACAAAGGUAGAUAUCUCGUCAGAAACAGACAAAAAUAUAGAUUUGGAGAGUCCUCAGAGUAGGAAGUACAAAUUGUCGUCUGAUUGCGAAUAUAUAUCCAAAGUAGCCAAGCAUGAUAUUGACGAAGAUAUUGUAUCUGCUAGCGCAAGUGUUCCUUCAGAUUUGACAACAUCUGGAAAUAAUGAAAAAAGCAGUGAUAGAUCUAAUAUAAACAAAAUUGUUGAUAAUACAGCUUUAGUAGCUGAUCAUUACAACCUGUUGGAAGAGAAGGGACUAUCGUACAGAAAUCAAAGUCGUAUUGUAUACAUGAGAAAUUUUAACAACUGGAUUAAAAGCAUGCUUAUACAUGAAUAUGUAGUUAAGUUGAGGCAAGGUAAGAGUUUUGGUGCUUCGCUAAGAGUGUUGGAUAUGUGCUGUGGAAAGGGGGGAGAUCUUUUCAAAUGGAAAAAGGCUAACAUUUCGCAUCUGAUCUGCACGGAUAUAGCGCAAGUAUCAUUGGAACAAUGUCAACAACGGUACAAUGACAUAGUAAAUAGGAAAGGUUCUAAAGAUAGAGGUUUUGCUCCCAUUUUUACUGCAGAAUUUAUAACAGCUGAUUGUACAAAGGUUCGUUUGAGAGAAAAGUUUGCUGAUCCUAGUAUGCAGCUCGACUUUGUCAGUUGCCAAUUUGCGUUUCACUACAGCUUUGAGUCUCUAUCGCAAGCGGAAUGCAUGCUUCGAAACGCUGGCGAGAGUCUCAAGCCUGGUGGCUAUUUUAUCGGAACCAUUCCAGAUGCGUAUGAUCUAGUUUCUAGAUGGCAAAAAUGCGAUGGUAAUAAAUUCGGCAAUGAUGUAUAUAGCGUUGAAUUUAUAUGCGAGGACAAAACAAGACCACCACUUUUUGGUGCCAAAUAUAAUUUCCACCUGGAUGGCGUGGUUGAUUGUCCAGAGUUUCUGGUGCACCUACCCACACUGUGCAAAUUGGCUUCAAAAUAUGGUCUUGAGUUAAUAGCGUUUGAAAGAUUUGACGAGUAUUAUGAACGUUUUAAAGACGAGGGCAGGUCCCUUUUAGGAAACAUGCAAGCAUUGGAAACUUAUCCACCAUAUCAUGAAGCACCUUUGCUUGGCGAUCCAGAGCAAGAUUAUCAACACGCUGUUCGAUAUAUGCAGAACUUGCCUGCUAAUCAUCGUAAAAUCGGCACUCUCUCGCAAUCGGAGUGGGAAGUCACUUCAUUAUAUGCAAUCUUUGCAUUUCGAAAAAUGAAGACUAUCUGGAACAGCGAGGGAAAACCAGAGUAUGUAAAGUUGUAAAUCGUCGAAGUUUUAGAUAGACUGCAGCGAUAAAAGAACGAUUUUAUCGAUUGAUAUUGAUUUUUUACAUUACAAAAAAAAAACUUUGUUACUACAGCUUACUCUAUGGCUUAUUAUACAACAUCAUCCGUGUGAUACUUGUAAAACGGUAGUUGCGUUUGAUAGAAACGGACAAUCGUGUAAAAAUCUCGUUAAAAAUAUUAAAAAUUAAAUCAUUGAAACAAUAAAAACAA